AUGCCUUUGCAACGAACUGUUCCUCAGGACGCCGCAGGUGAAACCUCUCGUCAAGUAAACAAUAUCCUACGGAACUUGAGAGGAGAACACUUUCGCCAUUCACGCAAUGUGCAGCGUGUCCCAGCAAGUCUACCCACGCCGUUGCAUGUCAACAACCUUCCAACUCUUCCGAUCAGCCUGAUUUAUCCCUCUGCAGAAGACGGCGGGCGGAAUGCAGCAGCUGCUUCAGGGUACCAUUCUACAAGACCUGUCUGGAUCGCAGGACCUGACCCACCUCGUAGUUGGACAGCCCUUUCAUCUCCGAAGAUCCGGGAGGCAGACUUGACGGACAUAAACUCCCCUGCUUGGCGCGAACAUGCCCUCAACUUAGUGUUCUCCCCUGGCAACGCGUCAGCGCAUCCGCCAGGUAGUCAAUCCCUCCGUGCCCUUCGGAAGCGCGAGUUCCCUACGCUUGCACUAUUAUCCCUUCAUGUCAUUCGGACGGAGUGCAGCGCAUACGAGUUGGCUGACAUCAUGUCCCAUAUCCCACCUCACCUCCGUCGCGUCUUAAUGCGUCACAGCGCAAUAAAUAGUCCCUUCUCUCGGUCCGAGCUGAAUGCAAUAUGCGGAGAAGAAGGGCAUGCAGACGGAGAGCUUGUAGUCGUUGGGCCGCACGCUACAUUGCGCAGCGAUCAUUUCCGGCGCAUGCAUUCCUCAAGAGAAUCCGUGCCUGAAGAAUGUGCAGCAGACGAGUCUACGUGGGAUUCUCUUGCAACACUGGGGAGCGAGCCUAGUGUGCUCUUCUCCGUUACCUUCCUAUCCACACCGUUGACCUUUUCCUUGAGCGACCUUCCGCCCACAAUCACUUGCCUCGCACUCAUCAAUAUCCCUAAACCAGUAUCCCUUCAACGACUAUCCCUUCAACGACUUCCAUCGUAUUGCCCUCUGGUCUCGCUGUUAGACCUGUCUUACAACAGUUGGCUCAUCCCAGCAUUAGGGGAGAGGCUACUAGAUGACUACCCGUGGACGAAGUUGCACUACUUGAAGGUCUUGGGGCUACGAGGGUGUCGCGUCACGUCAACGCUUUUGUCGCAGGUCAAUAGAGGUCGAUGGGAUGACGUGGACGUCAUUCAUUGA